AUGCGGCCAGCAGCACGAAGCUGUGUGCCCUUUGUUCCAUCGACGCGAAGCCAGCUGUGGUUGCGCAGUCUUGGAACACAAUCGCUAGCCGCAAGACCAAGGCCAAUCGCUCUGAAAGCUUGCUUACAAUGGCGGCCAGAACAAUCAAUACCCUUUUCAUCCACGAGAAGGUCCUAUGCAUUUGAGAUUUCUCAACCUUCACUGUUUAGGGGUACCCAAGCUCUGGCUGGACAAAGCCAGGCGCGAUAUUUCAGAAAGGCCAACUACAUCGAAAGGAUUGGUGACAAUGAAAAGACCGAGGAGAUACUGGAAACACUCGAAGUGAAGGAUGACGAACCAAAUAAUCGGCCUCAACGACAAGUACUGGAUGUAGAUGGCAAGAAGCAUCCUCCACCAAAAUCGCAGAUGGAGAAGUGGUCGGAACACCUGACUCAGGGGAAAAUGCUUACGACACCAUCGCGGCUGUUCAAACUAAUAAUUCCUCUGACAACGGCGGACAAGGGUCAUGAUAAGGGGAUUGAACCAAUUGCCAUCCUAGUCCAUCCGCAGCAACCUCUGUCAUACCUGGAACGAUUAAUCCAGUCGGAAGUGCCAGCUAUUGAUGGAGAAACCGUUAAACGCCCACCGGCUGUAUCAUUCAUCGCACUCCAACACGAAGACAAUGCGAUAAAGCCUAGAAAGAGGAUCGAAGAUGAUCUCAACGUUGAAGCAACCUCUCGUGACACUAAUACCAAACACAGGGCCGGCGAUAAGGGUCCGCAAUCCGGCAGUGGUGCGCCCAUUGAGCGACGGCGACGAUCUCAGGAGGAGGAUGUCGAGACAUACAGCUACCCCCGCAAGACAGAUUCGAGUCUUGACCCUCUGAAUGGAGAACCAGAGCGAUUUGUUCGGUGGUCUCAAUCAACUGAAGUCGGAGAUUUCAUUCGUGAUGCGGCUCGUGCUGGGGAGUUCAUUGUCACAAUCGAGGGCGCACCAGCAGGAUUGGGGCAGAUCAGAGUCACAGUGCCAUCAUUUAAUGAGCGCACCUAUUUCUUGCGCUUGAGAUUGCGGAAGCUAUCUCGGCGGAUUCAGGGUAUUGCAGAGAUCAAACAUGAAUGUGACAACUUGGCGCAUCGUGGCGCACAACGUGUCGCUAUUGGUGGCUUUGGAAUUCUUGCCACAUGGUGGUUUACAGUUUACAAGCUGACCUUCGGAACCGAUUUGGGUUGGGACACCAUGGAGCCAGUCACGUACCUAGUCAGUUUGUCUACGCUGAUGGGCGGUUACCUGUGGUUCCUGUACCAUAACCGAGAGAUCUCGUACAAGUCUGCGCUAGACUUCACUGUCAGUACCCGCCAGCGAAAGCUAUACCAACAACACAACAUCGACCUUCAACUCUGGGAGUCUCUGAUAGACGAGGGCAAAACCCUCCGUCGGGAAAUAAAAAGCAUCGCUGCAGAAUACGACGCUGAAUGGGACGAGCGUGCUGAUGAGCAGGAUGAGAGAGUCACCCAGGCGCUGAGGUCGAACCCGAAAAAGGACGACCGAAAGAAAAGCAGCAGUGAUAAAGAUGGAGAGGACGACGAUUGA